AGGGCGUGGCGAGCGAUGCCGGAUCCCGGAUCGAGGGAUCGUGUCUCCAAGUAUUCGGUGAACGGAUCCGCCUGUCCUUCGACGAUUCCUCUGGUUCCUGGUUCGAAGACACCCGCCGGCUCGCUCGUCCCCUCCGCCAUGUAUAUAAGUCAAAACGAGAUCGGAAGCAAGGUGCACAGGCCGAACAGUCCUUCGUCGAGCGAGGAGGUUCCACUGAAUAGAGCAAACUGUCUCACGAUGCAGUCAUUGAUACCAUUGAUUCUAGCCCUCAGCCUGGCCUCGGCCUCGCAGUUGAAUUUACUCCCGUACGCGUACCUGUCCAGCCCGAUUCCAAUAUACAACCAAUAUCAGAACACCGUGACCGGGGAGCAUGCGUACAGUUACGCCGGUGGCCCAUCCGCCAAAGAGGAAGUGAAAGACGCGAACGGCGUCCUCCGUGGCUCGUACAGUUACGUGGACGCGAAUGGUGUUCUCCAGUCAGCCUUCUACGUCGCUGACGACAACGGUUUCCGCGUGGCCGCGACCAACAUCCCCACGGACGAAAAUCAGAACGACUUGGAAACGACGGCCCAUGUCAUUCUGGCGAGAAGCGCGGUGGCCGAGAGAAGUUCCACGCCCAGCCGCAGAAGGCGCAGCCUGCAAGAUUCUAAUCCCGAGAAAAGCGGGCAGAAAGAACAAUCUUUGGACAGUGUUCAAAACGACACGAAAAAACAAGCUGCACCCUCUCAGUCUCCUCCUUCCACCUCCUCCUCGUUGUUGUUGCAACCUCUGCUUCUCAACAACAACAACAACAUCCCUCUCGCGACCUCGCACCAGAGUCAAGUUCAAGUGCACAGCAACGCUCGGUUGGAGGCGAAACCGGUCGACCUGCACCCGAUCUUGCCUGUGCAAACCAUAUUGGGAGGGUUGCCCGUGCUCGCUCGCACGCCCACCUACCACGAGAACCGCAUAGAAUUGCACAAGCAGUUGGGUAUCGAGGGACCAAGGCCCAAAGACGCGGUCAAGAUAAAGCCUGAGCCGUUGACCGUGGUCCGGUCGGUACUUCCGCUCGCCUCCACCGUCCUGGCGGGAGAGAGUGUCCCUGUUUUACCAACGAUCGUUAAAGAAACCGUCCCCGUUCUUCCGGCUCAGCUAACCUCUGUGACGACCACUUCUGUCUCGAGUCACGGUGUCAGCCAGAUACAUGGAUCGUCGAACGUUGUUGCCAAGGAGGGUAUUGCUGUUGCUCCUACGGUUGUGGAGAGGAAGGAGAUAGCACACGUUCCGGCCAUACCAGUCGUCAAAGGAGAGGCGUCGGUUACCAGUUAUGGGGUCAGUCAAAUCCAUGGCGGAGAAAUUAAUCCGAUCGGACUGCUGGUCAAGACUGCGCCCGCUGUUGCUCAGAUACAUCCGGCUAUCCAUGUUCCGCUCUAUCUUUAGACUGGAUAGAUUCGAUCGAGAUGAAGGUGGGAUCGUGUUGAGGAUUUUGGAAAAUUUUUUGGAAAAUACGAGUUACGAGGUUUAUGGGACGAGAAGAAUUUUUGGGGAUAUCCUCGACCUCUGAUCCAGAAAGAAAUGCUCCUUUCGGAACAGCGUUCUUCGGGAUGAUUGGUCGCAAAUGAUGACGAAUAGUCGACGAGAGUGUUGGAUCGAUAUAUUUGAUCGAUAGCUCGUUCGAUUGGCGCGCAUUUAUUUUUUUUUUAAUCGUCUUCUCAUUAUUCGCAUCGAGAAUCGCUUUAACGAUCGAUCUUUCGUUAAAUUAUUGCUCAUUGUUCAUGCUCGACAAUAAAAAUGAUUUCUCGUGUAUAA